CGCUGCCGAGUCGAUACUGAAGAUUUCUUCACCGCCGAAGAAGAAAGAGAAGUCCUCGCUGAAUGACAGCAGAGUAAAGUUUAGAGUUUAAACUCUUUGUUUUUGAGCUUUUUAAGAACUCUCAGUUCUCUGGAGAGGAGUCUGAGUGUUCCUGACCCCGGACUGAGACCUUGGACCUGUAAACAUGAGGGACCGGACUAAGGAGUUAGGAAACCUUGCAGAGGCUUCGGACGAGGAGGACGAGGGCAAAGCUCUGAUGAUCAAACCUGGAGUCUCUACAGUCAAAGACGAGAAGGAGAAUGAAACCUUCCUGAAGAAGAUGCACGGUAUCCACGAGGGGCUGAACAGCCUCAAACGGAUGGUGUCCGAACUCGAGAACAAGCAGAAGAAGGUGCUGGGUGUGGCGCUGCCUGAGGACAGUAUGAAGAAAGAGCUCCAGACUCUUCGAGAUGAGAUCAAAACGUUGGCGACUAAGAUCCACAAACAGCUGAAAAGCAUCGAACCCAAGAAGGGAGAGGAAGAUGGAAAAUAUGUCUCCAUUAACAUUCGCAUGCAGCAGACUCAGCAUGGCGUUCUGUCCAAGGAGUUCGUGGAGCUGAUGGGUCACUGUAACACCAUCCAGGCGCAUUACAGAGACCGCAACGUGGAGCGGAUACAGAGGCAGCUCAAAAUCACCGGGACGAACGUGACGGACGAGGAGCUGGACUCGAUGCUGGAGAGCGGGCAGACGGAUGUUUUCACACAGAACAUCCUGGUGGAUGCUAAAGCUACAAAGCAGGCCCUGAAUGAGAUCGAGUCCCGACACGACGAGAUCCUGAAGCUGGAGAGGAGCAUCAGAGACCUGCACGACAUGUUCCAGUACCUGGCCAUGGAGGUGGAGGCUCAGGGGGAGAUGGUCAACCGGAUUGAAAACAACAUCAACCAGUCGACUAACUACGUGGGGAAAGCGAAAGACAACACGGAGAAAGCUGUAGGGUAUCAACAGAAAGCACGAAAGAAGAAGGUCUGGCUGGCGAUCUGCUGUGCCAUCCUCCUCCUCAUCCUAAUCAUCUCAUUGGUCACAACGUUCGGCACCUAACACCCGGCAGUGAGAGUUCCUGUAAUCCGGUCCGGCAGAAGCACAUCCUGGUUUCAUGUAAAUAAUCCCAGCCGACAGGACGUCAGUGGAUUCUGUCCGCUCCAUCGCCCCCCUCUGCCCCAUCACACAGACGCCACAUGUCCUCGUUUCGUUUCGAGUCGCUCUCCGUUUCCUCCUCACUGACGCUACAAUCGUGCCUGCAUUACCUCUCCCACUCUAAGGGUAGUGCUGCUGAUAUUUGGACCUCCCUCUCUCUCUCUCAGAUUCUGGAGCGACACACGAAGCCCAGGACGAGUUCUGAACUGUUACAUCAGCGUGUCUUUCCCUCUUCACGAAGAGGACUGAAGUGGCCUUGAGCAGAAGCACAAUGCAGUGCGGCGCCGGUCGUACUGCACUCAGGAAAAAGUGUGCGAUGAAACUUGUUACGUUGUUGUUUUGGAUAAAUUUGAGAUGUAAACAACGAUUGUAAUAAAGUAGGGAUUCUUUUAUCGGCGGUUUGAGUAAAUAGUGGAUUAAUAUAAUUGUACAUAACCUAUAAUGUUUGUGAUUAAGACAGAUUUUUUAAACUUGAAACUGCCUUCCUGUAACAAGUGUAAAUACAGAUGUUUUUUGUGAAAUAGCAGCCCCCCCCCCCCCCUCCUCUUCUUUAUUUUAAAUUGUUUUACAAAAAGUGUCUCAACACUGCAAUACGCGGCCCAAGGCCCUGGUUUAUUAUUUUUCCCACCAGUUUGUAUUUAUGAUCUGUGUAAGCUGCUGCUACAGGAAAUAACACAUAAUGAAAUCUGUUCUUCUCCUCUGUGUGAACAGCCGAAGACGAGGGUGUCAUGUUGUGCACUUACAUUGUCAAGAAGGGAUGGAGUGAGUUUUUAUUCUUGUUUAUAUUAUGUUUGAAUUCACACAGCAGUGUUUCAGCUGAGAGAGUCCUCUCAGAGUGUCCCAAACUCCCAGCGUAGACUUUAGUUUCCUUUAACUGUUUGUCAAACUGUGCGUUUACCUCUCUACUUAAAGGGAUUUAUCGGCACAUAAAGGAACAUUUUAAUUAGUUAUUUCAUCAAGACACUAAGAAAGAGAAUCUCAGUCACUCAAAGUCGAAGCUGAUUUAUGAAAAUGUCUUGUUAUUGAGUUUAAAACUCAAAGAUAUUUGGUUUAAAUUUAUAUUUGAGAGGCUUAAAUCAGCGUUUGAAUCCACUUUAGUGUUAAAAUGACUUCAAUGAUCAGUCAGUUAUCAUAAUAGACUUGUAGACUUCAGCAGCUUCACAGUUUGAACGACUAGUUCAUGAAAAUAAACCUGUUCAUAUCCUCGCUCCAGUGUCUGUUUGAAACAGAGAAAGCUUCGGCUUUGCUGCUGUUCAAUUUUGCAUCACUCAUUUUAAUCUAGAUGUUUUUAAAAUAAAAUACAGACAUGUUAUA